GCGGGUCUCGGGUGCAGGUGCUGGAGGUCCGCGCCCCGGGGGCGUGGCCAGGCAAAUGAGGCUUCUCGCCUUCCAGCUGCCGCCGAGCGCCACAGUCGCCGCUGCACUCCGACGGUUCGCCGAUGCCGGUGCCGCCGGUGCCUUCGCACCGACCCCGACCCCGUCGGUGGCGGCCGCUGCGGGGCUUGGAGUGCGUGUUGCUGGGCGACGGCGCGGUGGGCAAAACCAGCCUGGCGCUCAGCUACAGCACCAACGGCUUCCCCGCGCGCUACGUGCCCACGGCCCUCGACCGCUUCUCGGCUGUGGUCCAGGUGGACGGCGCCCCCAUCCGUCUCCAGCUGUGCGACACGGCCGGGCAGGAUGAAUUUGACGCCUUGUGGCAGGCCUGCUGCCCAAAGGCCGACGUCUGCCUGCUCUGCUUCAGCGUGGUGGCACCCACUUCCUUCCAGAACAUUGUGGACAAGUGGUACCCGGAGGUGCGUCGCCACUGCCCUUCCGCCCCGGUGCUGCUGGUGGGGACCCAGUCAGACCUGCGCCAGGAUGUCAAGAUGCUGAUUGCCCUCUCCCGGCACCAGGAGAAGCCGGUGCCUCCUACGGCCGCCCGGUCUCUGGCCAGGAAGCUGGGCAUGGCCGGCUACGUGGAGUGCUCGGCCCUCACCCAGCAGAAUCUGAAGGAAGUCUUUGACACUGCUAUUGUGUUGGGGCUGCGGGCUGGUGAAGGCCCCAAGGGGCAGAGGAGCCCCCCCAGCUGCAUCUGGGCCCUUUCGAAAGACUGGUGGAACAAGUACGUUUGUGUAUGGUAGCGCUGGGGUCAGCAUCCUCCCUCCCCCUGCCCCAGGGAUGCCGGGAUCCUUCAUGAACUGGUGCAUUGGUCCUGGGUCGGGGGUCCAGAAGCCCAGGGCGAUGCCCCUCCUGAAGCAUCAUGCCCCUCCCUGGCCUGCCCUUUGCGGCCAAAGCCUCAAGCUCUCCCUCCUAAGUGCCGAGGGAAGGACAGUUCCAAGCUGUUCUCUCUCGCUGAGCGCAAAAAAAGGGAAGAAAUGGCCCUGGGUCCUCCAGGGGCAGAACCAACUGGAGCGCCUGUGGUCAUCGUCAUCCCAAAUGACAGUGCAAAGUUUUGACCAAGGAACUGAUUUUAUUAUAAACAGAAAUGCACCAUCCAAUGGUAUGAUUUUUGGAAGUGAAAUGACAUGCUUUAAAAAAUAUGGUUAACAAAAUGCCUCAGAGAACAGUG